GAGCCCCUCCCCCUUUUUAUCACCAUAGAAAAAGUAAUGCACAAUGGAAGUCAAGACAGCGUCUGCUCUUACUGAGAAGUGGCAAUCCUUUGCUUUCCAGGCACCUGAAUACUCGAGAAAGGACAGAUACACAGAUAUUCUUGCUCAACUGGUGGACAUAGACAGCACAGAUGGUGCUGCACUAGUCCUGAGGGGAAAUCUUCCACCGUUCUCUGAAGAUCACCUGCAUGAUGAGGAUAUAGAUAUUUUAAUGAAAGCCGUUGGAGAUUGCCAGCCAUCAAAAAUUACCUCUAUUGAUCUGAGCUACAAUUCCCUGACUGACACCAGUGCUGACUAUUUGGCAGAAUGCCUCAAGACACCUAACUCCACUCUACAAACCAUCAAUCUGAGCUACAAUGACAUAGAGUGUGCAGGAGCAGAGACAUUAUCAACAGCGCUACAGUUCAAUGAUUCACUCGUUACUCUCAUUUUGGACGGAUGCAAGAUUGGGCACAGAGGUGGUAUUAGCCUAGCGUCAAUGCUACAGGUAAACAAAUCCCUGCGAAAGUUGAGCCUGUCUGCUACUGACCUGGACACUGACUCUGUGAUAGCAUUGGCUACAGUGCUGCAAGGGAACCAGUCGCUAACCUCCAUUGACCUCUCACGACCUCUGCUACACAGUAAACUGGAGGAGACCACUAUUCACAUCAGUAGAAUGCUACAGGUGAACAGUACACUGAGAGAGUUGCACCUGAGCAAGCACGCCAUGACUGACACUGGAGUGGAGUGGCUCUGCAGAAUGCUCAGGGAGAAUACCACCCUCACCUGCCUGAAUAUCAGCUGCAAUUCCCUGUCUCGAGAUGGUGCCCGCCACCUGUCAGUCCUGCUCCAACACAACACUCCCCUCAGUGAUCUGGACAUCAGCUACAACAGGAUUGAGGACGAGGGACUUGUUCAUAUCAGCAAUGUCCUGGCCAAGGACAACAGAAAGCUCACAAAAUUGAGUGUGUCCUUCAACAGUAUCAGGGACGAGGGUGUGUGUGCACUGGCCGGGGCGCUCAAGACCAACACUACCCUCACACAAGUGGCCAUCUGGGGAAACAAUCUGGGGGAGCCAAGUUGCAAUGCUUUUCGUGAUCUCCUCGAGAGUGGUCGCCUGCUACCAGAGUGUGUGGAUGUGAUGCACUACAAAGUCGAUGGAAUAUCAUAUUUAGCAAGAACAGACUUGAAAUAGAAAAAUGAACUGCACAUGUAUUAUAAUUAUAAGCGAUAGAUGUCAAAAACAAGACAUAAAAAUAUUAUCAUGUUAUGUGUAACUGUA